AUUCUCAUUCAAGCAACUCCGGUCCCGCCUCUUCCUCCUCCUCCACCGGCCUCCGCUCUCCGCCGUCACCACCUCUCCGCCGGCCACCUUUCCGGGACAUUCACGUGGAGGAGGUGUAUUGGAAGCUAAGCUAGCUAGCUACCCAAAUUUCCUUAGCAUAUAUAUUGCCAUUUUUGAGAGUUCUUUUUCCAGAUUUUAUUUUCAAGUCUUCUCAGUUCGAUCAGCUGCUUAAUUAUACAGAGUAGAGAGAUGGGAGAAAUGUCAAGCUUUCAAGUUGGUGUUAUUGGGGCAUUGUUCCUAUCCGUGGCAUCAUCGGUGUCCAUUGUCAUUUGCAACAAAGCCUUAAUGAGUAAUCUUGGUUUUAAAUUUGCUACGACAUUGACGAGUUGGCAUCUGAUGGUAACAUAUUGCACUCUCCACGUUGCACUGAGACUAAAUUUCUUUGAGAACAAACCUGUCGACUUUAAGACAGUGAUGUUGUUUGGCAUAUUAAAUGGAGUUUCUAUUGGUUUUUUGAACUUGAGCCUUGGCUUUAACUCAAUUGGCUUCUACCAGAUGACAAAACUUGCAAUCAUACCUUUCACCGUAUUGUUAGAAACUAUUUUCUUGAAGAAACAAUUCAGUCAGAAUAUAAAGUUGUCUCUCUUCGUCCUUCUCAUUGGCGUUGGCAUUGCCUCCAUUACCGAUCUUCAACUCAACUUUGUUGGGACAAUCCUUUCCGUACUUGCCAUUAUAACAACUUGUGUUGGUCAAAUCCUCACCAACACAAUACAAAAGAGGCUCAAUAUCUCAUCUACUCAACUUUUGUACCAAUCAGCCCCAUUUCAAGCUGCAGUUCUGUUUGUCACAGGGCCAGUUGUGGACCAAUUUCUAACCAAACAAAAUGUCUUUGCAUACAAAUAUUCUCCCAUAGUAUUGGCUUUCAUAGUACUUUCAUGUUUGAUUGCGGUUUCGGUGAACUUUAGCACAUUCUUGGUGAUCGGAAAGACAUCGCCGGUGACUUAUCAGGUGUUAGGUCACCUGAAAACAUGUCUUGUUCUUGGUUUUGGUUACACAUUGUUGCAUGACCCCUUCACCUCUAGGAAUAUCAUUGGAAUCCUGGUUGCCAUAGUCGGGAUGGGUUUGUAUUCCUAUUUUUGUACCCACGAGAGCAAGAGAAAACAAGUGGCGGAUAUAUCCUCGAUGUCUCAAGUCAAAGACAAGGAUGAUACUGCGCCACUUCUGGCAGGAAAGAAUAUGGGUCAUCAAGAUAAAGAUAAUCAUGAAGGCAACAAGAAGGAUUCACUUGUUUAAAGUUUAGAAUUCAUCCAAGAUGAGAAUCAUAUCCACCUUCACCUAAGAUUUUCUUUAAUUCUUAUGUUCCAUUUGUUGUAAA